UAGACCUUAAAGUCGUUCAUGAAUGUAAAAGUGGCAUUCUUAUGACUGCAUAUCGCCGUCACUAUGGAACUUUCACCCGCGGAGUUGGCAAGUUUCUGCGGGCCGAUCUGUCGAGAAAUGCUCAGAAAGCUUGACUAUCGCGGUGCCCCUGAGGUGCUGCCGGAAUCAACCGAAGCUCUAUUGCAGCGCAUGACUGCAGAAGCCGCAGAGCUCGACGUUCCUCUCGGCACCCAAGUCUCCACAAAGGGGUUUGGCUUGGGUUUCGCCCUCGCUGUUCUUGCCCAUCCGCAUCAUCCGGUCGACAUUCAAAGUUACAUCGGACUGUUUACCUGGCUUGUGGUUCAGUACGAUGACCUGGUAGGGCAGCAGAAGGCCAAGCUACAGGAGGCCACCGCCUUUCAAGAGCGUCUUCUCGCGGGCCAGAAGCAGAACGACCCCCUUCUCGAGGGUAUCGCGACCCUUCUUCGACGAGCUCGUCAACACUUCGACGUAGUUCUGGCCAACAUGCUACAGAUCUCCGUGUUGAAGUUUCUUACGAGUAACCUCCUUGAGUGCCACCAGGGUUUCUGUAAGAUGCAACAGACGCAAGCAGGUGUACAAUUCCCCCAGUUCUUCCGCGACAUGUCGGGCAUGAACGUCGCCUAUGCUGUAUUCUGCUUCCCUGCAGCGCAAUACCCUGACAUCUCUUGUUUCCUCGAGGCCUUGCCGGACAUCGCAAGGUUUAUCGACAUCUCCAACGAUGUCUUGUCCUUUUACAAAGAGGAGCUCGAGGGAGAGAAGCGCAACUACAUCCGCAACUGCAUGGAAGUUGCCGACCGGGGGGCGUACGACAUCCUGCAGAGAACUUCCGAAGAGGUGGCAGCAACGGUGCAUCGCGUCAACGAAGUUCUUGGGAAACAGCCCAUCUAUGCUCAAUCCUGGGCAAGUUUCUUGCGGGGGUACAUAGCAAUGCACACCUGCACCAAUCGGUACAAGCUCGUGCAGCUCGGCUUGGGCGAGGACAAUCCGCUUCCAUCAUAUGCAGGCAAGUUUAGGGACUGCUUGAAAGGCUCAGAAUGCAUAAAGCGCAGUGACAGUGACCCAUAGACGCCAUAUCUAGGAACCCUUAGAGUUGUCCGAUCAAUGCGAACAUAUUAUCCGCCGCUUGAAGCUUUUUGGCCAGACGUGCGUCUACCAGAUAAGGGUCUAAGCGCGCGAAUUCACCGUGGGUGUCUUCCCAAGUACAUCCAAAUCACUCGCAGAGGGCCAGACGUUGACAACGCAUACGGGUGCCUUGGAUAGUAUGGAU